CCCCCACACCGCCCUGUCUUCAUACAGAGACACCAGCCAUGACGACCAGAUACAGAGUAGAGUAUGCUCUCAAAACCCACCGUCGCGAUCAAUUGAUAGAAUGGAUCAAGGCUCUUCUUGCAACACCAUUUGUGUUGCAUUCACAGCCAACUGCUGUGUUCGAGCCCCAUAAAGAUACCAUGGAUCACAUGGCUACCAACGCUCAACGACGUUAUGCCGAGAUAAUGCGGGAUAUUGAAGAGCUUAUAAACGACCACAUUGCCCACCAGAAAGCUGGCACGCAUGAACGCUCCAAGCUCAAGCUCCUUGUUCCCUCAGUAGCCACCUUCUUUACGCCGCUGCUGCUCCACGAUGCAUUUGUAUGGCAGGAUCAACGACGCUUUAUCAGCUACCGUCGCUUUGUUGCACCUUCAUUUAACGAUGUCAGGCUCAUCCUAAAUACCGCCCAAGUCAUGAGCUUGAUCCGCGGAGGCCCCUUGGAGCUUGCAACAUUUGACGGAGACGUCACUCUUUACGACGACGGAAAGUCGUUGACGGAAGACAACGUAGUUAUUCCACGAAUUCUUCGGCUCAUCGAGAAUGGCACUCGGAUCGGCAUAGUCACCGCUGCUGGGUACACAGAGGCUCGCCGAUACUAUGAGCGACUCCAUGGCCUUCUGGACGCUCUGAACGUUUCUGAUAUCCCUACUGGCCUCAAACACAAUCUGAUUGUUAUGGGAGGAGAAGCGAACUAUUGCUUCCGGUUCGCGGAGAACAGUCCAGAUUUAUUGACGUUUGUGCCUCGGAAAGACUGGCUAUUGGAUGAGAUGUUGCUAUGGGAAGAGUCGGAUAUCACUGAACUGCUUGAUGUCGCCGAGGCCGCUCUACGAGAUUGUGUCAAAAACCUGCGUCUUCCAGCUCAAAUCCUUCGAAAGGAAAGAGCCGUGGGAAUAAUUCCUCCAGAGGGUGUCAAGUUUCCUCGAGAAUCGUUGGAGGAGACUGUCAUGGUUACUCAGAAGAUUCUUGAAAUGUCUCCGGUAGGACGUCGACUGCCCUUCUGUGCCUUCAACGGUGGCAAUGAUGUUUUUGUCGACAUUGGCGACAAGUCUUGGGGAGUGCUUGCAUGUCAGCGGUUCUUCGGCGGUCUUGAAGGUAGCAAGACCCUCCACGUGGGCGACCAGUUUCUUUCCGCUGGCGCGAACGAUUUCAAAGCUCGCUUGGCUUGCACGACAGCAUGGAUCGCGAGCCCGGCCGAGACUGUCCAGCUGCUGGACGAGAUUGCAGAGUUGGACGAGAUGCAGCAGCGGAAGACCAGGUAAACGCACUCAGCAUGGUAUGCUUUCAUUGGGUCAGAAAGAAGCGGAGCUUCAAACCUUCAGGCGUUCAGGUGGUCCAAAAGCACCACGUCCCUAGUAUUACCCGCUAGUACGACUUCACACGAGUAUCGAAGGAUAGCAUAGCUUACUUCAGUGUUUCAAAUGGAUUAAUUAUCACAAGCACAUAC